AUGGGCGACCCCGGCGACGGCGGCCACUCGAUUUGGAAGACGCCGUUCAAGGUCGAAACCAAUGGUCUUGAGCACGAAAAGUACACCCUCGGCAGCUAUCCGUCGGGCCCGGAAUCAAACGGGUCACAAUUUAUCAUUACUACGGGCGAUAUCAAGCUCGAUAAAAAAUCUACUGUUUUUGGCAAAGUAACUAGUGGAUUCGACGUGGUUGAUGCUCUCAACAACCUCCCUACCAAAAACGGGGUGCCUCUUCAUGCAGCGGUUAUUCAUAGUGCCUCCACUAGUUACUGCAUCAUGUCAGUCCCACAUGUAGAGCUAGAGACGGGCGAGCACGAAGCCUGGGACUACCAAAUUGAAAGCCAGCGGGGUUGGGUGCUUUUGGGCUAUCCGUUCUUCUCAUCCAAGCUGUUACUUGCCAUGGACCCGCGGGAGUACUCCGCUCGCGAUGGCAGUGCCUUGGGAAACCACCUGUGCAACGUGAACCUUCCAGACGAUACGUGGGAGUGGGUAUGGCCCCGGUGGUAUGUUGAUAUGGCUAACGAUGUCGACGACCAGGGCUGGCUGUACUCCUGGCGGUUCCGAUCAAAGGAUUGGAAAGGAUACCCCCGCAUUGGGCGUUCGUUUGUUCGUCAACGACAAUGGAAGCGACUACGACGAAAGAAGGCGGAAUACAGAUUCGGAGACAAAAACGCCAUGUCCAACGACCAGGUGUGCCAGGACCUUCUCAGUAAGGUUACAGACUGCAAGGACGAGCGGUCCAAAGUUACUACCGUGAUUCGCUACAUCAACCGAUACCCCGAACGAGCUGAAGCGCUUCGGCAAAGUGGCAAACUGCUCAGUGGCAUGUUUUUGUUGCCAAUUAGCGAGCAUGAAAUUAUGCGGAGGUUGUCUGAGGUCCCGAUCCAAGUCAAGAACAGUAUAUCACCAUUCUGA